ACAUUUUUGAAUUCUAUCCCAUCAUGCAAUUUCCCGCGAAAUUUAUAUAACCUGGCAUGUUUACAAUAUAAUGUUUUGGUAAAGGAAUCUAACUGGGAAGAAUUCUGUAUUGUAAAUCUUCGUUAGGUAGAAAAAUGCCAGAAAAAGUUACCAAGAAAAGGAAGACAAAAAUAGAAAAUGAAGAAAAGAAAGAGACGUACAGUAAGAGACUGAGGAAAAGAAUGAUGAAGACAAAGGAGGAAGAGUCAUCGGAAGAGGAUGCAAAAAAUAUCAAUCCACUGACUGGGGGUUACCAUGGUAAUGUUGACAAUGACAAGAUAGACCCAAUUGAUAAACCAUUAGAAAUCAACAUGAUUAAUGACCGAAUAGGUAGUCAUGGAGAUAAAGAGACAGUUGAACCCACACUGCCUCAGUUUAAGUGUGAACCAAAGAUACAUGGAUUCACUCCCUUGGCUUAUAGGAGUCAGAACUUGGUACAUUUUCUGCAGCAGUAUACUUCCGGUCAGAAGAGAACUGUGAAAUUAAAACAGAGUUUGUCAAGCACAGUGGUCAACAUGAUAUCGGAUUUGCAGCUUUGUAGAAAUGCCAGUCCUUUUGAUCGCAGAGUGACCACAAUGGAAUGGCAUCCAACCAACCCAAAUAUCCUGGCCGUGGGGUCCAAAGGAGGAGAUAUUAUGUUGUGGGAUACUGCUAAUGUUAAUAAUGAUAAGAUGAUUCAAGGGAUUGGGGCUGGUGGAAAUAUUCAAGCAAUUAGAUUUUGGCCAAACGACAGCAAUAAGAUAUUAGCCUCUGCGUUGGAUGGGCGAGUAACUCUUCAUGAUGUGGAAGGGAGACAAUCCAAUAUUUUAGCAGAUACUUAUAACUUUUAUGAUUUCUGGUACUGCAGUGUAGAUGUCAAUGAUAAAAGGAAGAUGGUAGUGGCAGGCGAUAAUGUUGGCAAUACACAGUUAAUGACGUAUGAAGGCAAACAGAUAUUCAACUGUCGAUUACAUAAACAAAAAGUUACCCAUGCAGAGUUCUCUCCCCGUGAAGAAUGGUUACUGUGUACAUCAUCAACUGACCAGACUGUCCAGUUCUGGGAUGUUAGAAUGAUGAAAGACAGGAAGAGCAGUUUGUACAUUCUAAAACAUGAAAAGGGAAUUAACUCUGCAUACUUCAGUGGAACAGAUGGUUGUCGACUGCUAACUACAGACCAGGGUAAUCAGGUUAGAGUAUACAGGGCACCAGAUUGGGUAUUAGAAAGGAAGAUUUCACAUCCUCAUAGAUUCUUUCAGCAUAUCACUCCAAUAAAGGCAACAUGGCAUCCUCUUCAAGACCUUGCAGUUAUUGGUCGAUACCCUGAUCCAAAAUUUCCUGGUUACCAUGAUGGAGAACUACGUAGUAUUGAUAUUUUAGACGUAGAAACAGGUGAUCUGGUAACCAGUCUUAGUGACCCCUCUUCAUCCGGACUGGUUUGUGUAAAUAAAUUCAACAGAAGAGGUGACGCAUUAGCUUCUGGUAUGGGUGUUCAUAUUUUAUUAUGGACUAGAAAGGAAGAAGUUGCUGAAAGACAGAAGUCUCUUUUGCCAGCCAUGAAAUCUUACCUUGACAACAGUAGCCAUAGCAACCAGAGUAGCCGUAGAUCAAGGCAACCCAAAUCAAAAGAGACAAAGACGAAAGAAAAAACAAAUACAAAAACUGAUAAAGAAAAAUUGAAACUGAAAAUGAAAAAUUCCAAGAAAUAAAAUGACUGAAUUAAAUAUGUUUC